CCGAUAUCGUGAGUUCGGCUAUCCAAGUAAUUAAUAAGAGGUAAGUAAACAAUUAGUAGCUGUUCACCUUGCUUCUCAUCUUCUCAUCAUGCCACAUUUAUAAGCUGAAUCUGCAUGUGUUGUUCGACUCGGUCCACCACGUAGCAUAGUAGUGGGUUACUUAGUAUCCCGCCAUAUCCGUCGAAUUCCAACGUUCCACCUUUAAAAGCUAGAGCUACUGCACCUGUAGAUUUCUUUAUUGUUUGCUUUUUGAAAAACUUAACUUAGUUAACAGCAUUGAAACUUUUGAAAUACCCAGAAUCAAAAAAUCUAUAGCCAAUCUUGUCCUGAGUAGAGCUGCUAUACAGCAAUCUAUCUCAAUCUAUUCUCUUAUUCAACUACUUGACAGGACGAUCGCGCGUUUAGGCGGCGAUCACCACACAUAGUCAAAACGUUUUCCAACCUUCUUAACUCCGUCCAUCACCCGUACGCAGGAGGCCGCUGUUCUGCUUCUCCGGGGAGCGCAGCGGACUUGGCCUUUACCCAAUAAAGGCCUCUACCCAAAAUAGCGACCAAAAUCACAAAGCAGUGCAACAUGGCACCGCACGCUGAGGUAGACGCGGGCACCGCGUACGGGAACGGACACUCCCACGGCGACAAUUCGACCCCUUCGCCAUCGAACAACAACGAUCUCUUCGUAGUUAGCUCACCUAACGUGGCCUACACCGACAAUGAGAUCCGGUCCAAAUACACCUAUCGCACCACUAGCGUGACCCAAGAUGCUGCUGGCAAGUAUGUUGCUACCCCUAAGGAACUAGUGUACGACUUUAAAGUCGAACGGAAGAUUCCUAAGGUCGGUAUGAUGCUUGUAGGAUGGGGCGGAAACAACGGAUCUACCGUGACCGCCGGUAUCAUUGCCAACCGCCGAGGGCUCGUCUGGGAGACUCGCGAGGGUCCUCGUGCUGCCAAUUACUAUGGGUCAGUCAUCAUGAGCUCUACUAUGAAGCUCGGUACCGAUCCUAGAACCAUGAAGGAAGUCAACAUCCCGUUCCGCGAUGUUCUCCCUAUGGUACAUCCCAACGACUUUGUUAUUGGCGGGUGGGAUAUCAGUAGCAUGAACCUCGCUGAUGCUAUGGAUCGGGCUGCCGUACUUGAGCCUACCUUAAAGCAACAAAUCAAGAAGGAGAUGACCCAGAUGGUCCCGCUCCCAAGUAUCUAUUACCCCGACUUCAUUGCAGCGAACCAGGAGGACCGCGCUGAUAACCUCAUCCCGGGAAGCAAAGCUUCUACGGCCCACGUAGAGAAGAUCCGCCAGGAUAUCAAAAAUUUCAAACAACAGAAUGGCUUAGAUAAAGUCAUCGUCCAAUGGACGGCCAACACCGAACGAUUCGCCGAUAUCAUCCCCGGCAUCAACGACACGGCCGACAACCUCCUCAAAGCUAUCGAGGAGGGCCACGAGGAAAUUGCCCCGUCCACAGUCUUCGCCGUAGCCUGCAUCCUAGAGAAAACACCAUUCAUCAACGGCUCGCCGCAGAACACUUUCGUCCCAGGAGCCAUCGAGCUAGCAGAAAAGCACUCCGCCUUCAUCGGCGGCGACGACUUCAAGUCCGGACAGACGAAGAUGAAGUCCGCGCUCGUAGACUUCCUGAUCAACGCAGGCAUCAAGCUGACGUCGAUCGCGAGCUACAACCACCUCGGCAACAACGACGGCAAGAACCUCAGCUCGCAGAAGCAGUUCCGAUCGAAGGAGAUCUCGAAGAGCAACGUGGUCGACGACAUGGUCGAGGCCAACUCCGUGCUGUACAAGCCCGGCGAACACCCGGACCACACCGUCGUCAUCAAGUACAUGCCGGCGGUCGGCGACAACAAGCGCGCCCUCGACGAGUACUACGCCGAGAUCUUCAUGGGCGGACACCAGACCAUCAGCCUGUUCAACGUGUGCGAGGACUCGCUGCUCGCCUCCCCGCUGAUCAUCGACCUUGUGCUCGUCGCUGAGAUGAUGACGCGUGUUCAGUGGAAGCUACACGACCAGCCUGAGGGCGCGUUCAAAGGCUUCCAUAGCGUUCUUAGCAUCCUUAGCUACAUGCUCAAGGCCCCGCUCACGCCUCCCGGCACUCCUGUCGUUAACGCACUGGCGAAGCAGCGUGGUGCGCUUACGAAUAUCUUCCGCGCUUGUGUGGGCUUGGAGCCGGAGAGCGAUAUGACGCUUGAGCAUAAGCUGUUCUAGAUUAGAUGAGCUGUCUGCUUGGUGAACGGAUGUGAAAAAGUGCCUGUAGGACAGGGCUAGUUGGCUGAUAGGUGCCUAUCUAGGUAAG